AUGUUUGACCUUAUCUGGGCACAAUCACCAAAGGGAGAAAAAAUUAAUAUUUUGGUUCAAUUUUCAGCUCCUGUACGACACAGCAGCGACCAUGGGAAGAGGAUGUUUAUUAUCAAGGCAACGAGUUUUUAUGAUACUCGAUUUCUGAACUUGUUGAGAUUCUAUAUAUUUCUGACAGGAAUACCAGUGGCACUGUUCAUAACAUAUGUCAACAUCUUUAUUGGUGAGGCUGAACUUGCAGAGAUUCCCGAAGGUUAUAUUCCAGAGUACUGGGAAUACUACAAA